ACCUCUGAAGUCCAGCAUCAUCGGUCACGUGAUCUUGUGUUGAAAGUUGUGCCGUUGACGUGUACAAAAUCCACCAAGGAGGUCGCAGGAGGAAGAGAGAAAGUACCGUUGUUUCACGUUGAGUCUGUCAUUUCGGGUCGUGUGAGUGGCGGUGUAUUAGGCGAAGUGCUGGAGGUGUGAUUCCCAUUUUAGGGAUACAUAAAGAUGGGGAUUAAAUUUUUGGAAGUCAUAAAACCUUUCUGCAGCAUAUUGCCUGAAAUAGCGAAGCCAGAAAGAAAGAUCCAGUUCAGGGAAAAAGUGCUAUGGACCGCCAUCACGUUAUUCAUUUUCCUCGUCUGCUGCCAGAUCCCGCUGUUCGGCAUAAUGAGCUCCGACUCGGCGGAUCCGUUCUACUGGAUCCGAGUGAUCCUGGCAUCGAACCGCGGCACGCUCAUGGAGCUGGGCAUCUCGCCCAUCGUGACGUCGGGGCUGAUCAUGCAGCUGCUGGCGGGGGCCAAGAUCAUUGAGGUGGGCGACACGCCCAAGGACAGGGCCCUAUUCAACGGCGCGCAGAAGUUGUUCGGCAUGGUGAUCACGGUGGGGCAGGCCAUCGUGUACGUGAUGACGGGCAUGUACGGGGACCCGGCGGAGAUCGGCGCCGGCGUGUGCCUGCUCAUCAUCAUCCAGCUGUUCGUGGCGGGCCUCAUCGUGCUCUUGCUGGACGAGCUGCUGCAGAAGGGCUACGGCCUGGGCUCAGGCAUCUCGCUCUUCAUCGCCACCAACAUCUGCGAGACCAUCGUGUGGAAGGCCUUCAGCCCGGCCACGGUCAACACGGGGCGCGGCACGGAGUUCGAGGGCGCGGUGAUCGCGCUGUUCCACCUGCUGGCCACGCGGCAGGACAAGGUGCGGGCGCUGCGCGAGGCCUUCUACCGCCAGAACCUGCCCAACCUCAUGAACCUGCUGGCCACCGUGCUCGUGUUCGCCAUCGUCAUAUACUUCCAGGGAUUCCGUGUUGACCUGCCCAUCAAGUCUGCGCGCUACCGCGGCCAGUACAGCAGCUACCCCAUCAAGCUGUUCUACACCUCCAACAUUCCCAUCAUCCUGCAGUCCGCCCUGGUCUCCAACCUGUACGUCAUUUCCCAGAUGCUGGCGGUGAAGUUCCCGGGCAACUUCCUGGUGAACAUGCUGGGGGCGUGGGCGGAUGUGGGGGGCGGAGGCCCGGCGCGCUCCUACCCGGUGGGCGGACUGUGCUACUACCUGUCGCCCCCGGAGAACAUCGGCCACAUCCUGGAGGACCCAGUGCACGCCAUGCUCUACAUCGUCUUCAUGCUGGGCUCCUGCGCCUUCUUCUCCAAGACGUGGAUCGACGUGUCCGGCUCCUCCGCCAAGGACGUUGCGAAACAGCUGAAGGAGCAGCAGAUGGUGAUGCGCGGCCACCGGGACAACUCGAUGGUCCGCGAGCUGAACCGCUACAUCCCCACGGCUGCUGCGUUCGGGGGCCUGUGCAUCGGGGCGCUGUCGGUGCUGGCAGACUUCCUGGGGGCCAUCGGCUCUGGCACGGGCAUCCUGCUGGCGGUCACCAUCAUCUACCAGUAUUUCGAGAUCUUCGUCAAGGAGCAGAGCGAGAUGGGAGGCAUGAGCACGUUGCUCUUCUAGGCAAACCACUGUGUGGCUCUGCGGGAAAAUCAAUUUUUUGUUUUGGUGCACACGUACAUCGAACAACUCUCGACGGAUGGUGCAGUUCUUUUGUAAAGUGAAUAUAAUGAAUACAAAUUUUAUUACAGAGCUCCAUGUGUGCUUGCCUAGCCGUAUAUGUUACAACAAAUUACUGUGGAUAAAUGUCUUGAUGUGCUUCUGUUAACAGCUGUAUAGAUGCUGAAACUAUUCAGGAAGAGUAACCUUUUUUUUCUUUGCCCUUUUGAAUUUGUUCAUUAAUAUCUCUGCACAUUGACACUUUACAAUAUUUAAGUACUGCUGUUAAAAGAAAUUGUGAAAAAUUAUAAUAAAUUGUGAUUAAUAAUUUUGAUGGAAAAAAGGUUCCUAUUUUUAUUUAAAAAAACACAUGCUAGCUAACUCUUGUGCAGAAUUGUCUUGUAAACCGACAGAUUGGAAUAGGGGAUCAAAUCUAUCUCUAAUGACUAUUUGCCACCGUGUGUAAGCGAAGCGGGCCCGGCGGAAUGUGCAACCCUCGAGUGACAAACCCGAUGCCAUGCUCUGAGGGAGAUCUCGCACAGCUGAAGCUGGGAAAACGUCUAUACUUGUGUAUUGCGGAGAGCAUUAAUUUAAUUGUUCGUGGGCUUGAUCGAACGUGGGUACUUAACAUGUGUUGUGAGUGUCCAGGAUGACUGGGACGGAUAGUGGCAGAGCUCAGUCAAGGUUCAUAUCUUACGCUCGCAUCGUUUCAUUGCAUACAAGAAUUUGAUUAUUUAAAGUUAUUACCACUAAACAGCAAUUUUUUGAUGUAGAUAACCUAUUUCUGCAAAUGAUAGAAUGCCAAUAGCCUGAAAUUUUAACAUAUUCAUGUUUUGAUCCAGCAUACACUAUUAUGUGAGGGUCACUUUCUAAAUCAUAUUGAGCCAACUGUGUCACAAAUAUUUGAGACUGUCCUAGAAACAAGACAUUUUAUCUGAAGACUUGAGCCGUAAUCAUUACACUGGGAAAGAUUACGAUUUUACUUGUAAUUAAACUUCUGUGCAAGCAAGCAUGUGAGAUUUAACUGCAGAUUGCCAGUAAAAAUUGCUGAUAAUACUCAAAUUUUUCAAAUUUACUUGCAGGAAAUUAUAGCAGUGUUUCUAAAUUGUUGGUUUGGAUAGCCAUAAGGAAAUUAACAAGUACCUAGUAAUACUGCCUAGUGUACCGGACACUUGAGCUAUGGUGACUACACUGUGUCUUAUGGCUCAGUUUUGCAGGCACAAAAUGUUUUGAACUAAAUUUAUUAGUCUAUGAAUGACUAGCAAUUGGUUUCGGCUCGACUUUCUGAAAAUUAACUUGCAUAUUGUGUUAUGUGAAUUUCAAGAGCUCUUAUCUUAGGAGUUGCUGUUAAAGAGCUCUUAUCUUAGGAGUUGCUGUUACCAGUCACCUGGUGUUGGGUAGCUGGGUCUUUUCUUUGUUUGCAUUGAACUAUGUGCAUUUUUAAGGUAGUUGUGUAGCAUUUAAUUGUUUUAAGCUGGUAAUGAGUGUUAUAGAGAGCAAGAAUGUAGAUUGUGUGCUAAAAUCCUGUGACUUGUGGACACAUUGAUCAUUUUAUAUUGUUACACAAAUACAAACCGAAAAAACUGUCA